ACCAACUUUCAUUUUCGUAACAACAACACGACCACCACGCUUACAACCCACGUCUUCUCCAAUCCUCCAUACUAACACCACACCACUCUCUCUCCACCAUUACUCAACCUCCAUUUCCCCCUCCUCAAGCUCACUCUCUCAUCAACAAUGGCGUCCUCUCCUUCUUCUUCCACCUCCUCCUCUUUCGACGAAUUCGACGACGAUUCCUUCGAGCACACUCUCCUCGUAGUCAGAGAAGUCUCCAUCUUCAAGAUCCCUCCUCGUUCAACCUCCGGCGGGUACAAGUGCGGCGAAUGGCUCCAAUCCGAUAAGAUCUGGUCCGGCCGUCUUCGCGUCGUUUCCUGCAAAACUCGCGCCGAAAUUCGACUCGAAGAUCCGAUUUCCGGCGAUCUAUUCGCCGCUUGUUUCGUUUACCCUGGCCUUCGCGAUCAAUCGGUUGAGCCUGCGCUCGAUUCUAGCCGUUACUUUGUGCUUAAGAUCGAGGAUGGAACUGGUAAGCAUGCUUUCAUAGGGUUAGGGUUUGCGGAACGUAAUGAAGCUUUUGAUUUCAAUGUUGCGUUGUCUGAUCAUGAGAAACACGUUAAAAGAGAGAGUGAGAAAGAGGUUUCUGCUGCUACUGAUGGUGAUGAGAAUUCUAUUGAUAUCCACCCUGCUGUUAAUCAUAGAUUAAAGGAAGGUGAAACCAUUCGGAUAAAUGUGAAGCAUAAACUGGCGAGCGGAACAGGUAUGCUUUCUUCUGGGAAUAAGUCUGUGGGGCUUGCUCCACCACCAAAUGGGUCUGGUAACCCAAAACCUUUGGGCCUUGCUCCACCUCCAAGUGGGCCGGGGAAGAUUCGUUCAGUACUUCCACCUCCACCAAAUGACCCUGCUAUCACUAGGAUGACUUCUAAUCCCAAAGGCUCAAAGGAAAGUGCAAGACAUGCUGUGGACCCUUUGUCUGAUUUUUCACAACUUGAGAGGAAUCUUCCUUCUAAAACUGGAUCUGGGACAACAAAUGUGAGUGCUGCUGGGUGGGCUGCAUUUUGAAUGUGUAACUCCAUCUCCAUUGUUGUGUACUACAUAUUAUGUAUUACUAUUAGAAUGUUGUUUACAAGACGAGAGAACAGCGCGCCUAUGCGUGUGCGCGCGCGAGAGAGGGAGAGACUUACAACCGGGAGGAGGUUCUUUAUUGAGUUAUUAUUGAUUUUUUACCAAUUUAUUCAUAAUAAUACAUCGAAAUAUAUGUUUAUAAACUUCAGGGAUCCUAUUAUAUGGCUACUGUUACGUGUGAUGCACUCUUUUUAUGUGUC